AUGAAGACCCCUUUCACCAUACUUGCGGCCCUGACCGUGGCGACUACGGUAGUGGCCAGACCAUUUCCAACCAACGGGACGGAGCUCAACAAGCAUGCAAUGAUCGAUCGGCUUGCAGAUGUUCCUGAUGAAUGGGACAUUAUCGAACUAUCUUUUGGGGAGCCUACAUCUGUGGACUCGGGGGAGAUCAAGUUUGCCAUGUGCCCCAAGACAGAAUGUCCUAACGUCGAAAGUGAGGAGGAAUUCAAGGCUGCCAUCAAGGCCAAGCGAGCCAAAGGCAAGAAGGUACUCCUAUCAAUCGGGGGGCAGAACGGCCAGGUCCAGCUCAAAACGACCGAGGCGAGGGACAAAUUCGUCAGCUCGGUGGGAGGUAUCAUCGACAAAUAUGGCCUUGACGGCCUGGAUAUCGAUUUUGAGGGGCACUCUCUUUACCUCGACCAGGGAGAUACCGACUUCAAGAAUCCAAAGACGUCCGUGGUUGUCAACUUGAUUGCUGCCUUGAAGUCCCUGAAGGAAAAGUAUGGCAAGGCCUUCGUCUUGACCAUGGCACCAGAGACUUUCUUCGUGCAGCUGGGGUACAGUUCCUAUGGCCCCUCGAACGGCAACGAUGCUCGCGCGGGAUCCUAUCUGCCUGUCAUCCACGCCAUGCGAGAUGACUUGACUGUUCUGCAGGUACAGAACUACAACUCCGGCCCGAUCAUUGGUCUUGAUGACCAGUACCAUAACGUCGGCACUCCGGACUUCCUCAUUGCCAUGGCGGAUAUGCUCAAGGCUGGUUUCCCCGUGGCUAAGACGAACAACACCUUCCCACCGCUUCGAGAGGACCAGAUUGCCAUUGGACUACCAUCCACCGUCAGCGCUGGCAACGGCUUCGUUGACGAAAAGGGCGUACAGGACGCCCUGAACUGCUUGAUGAAGGGCGAGUCUUGCGGGACCUACAAGCCUCGCGGUGGUAAAUCUCCAUCCUUCAGGGGUCUGAUGGCCUGGUCCAUCAACUGGGACAAAUUCUCCAACUGGGGAUUCCUGAACCCCCACCGCAAGUACCUCGACAGCUUCCCCUGA